CAGUGAACUCUGUGUCUCGGCCAGAAGCAAGAUGCAUCAGCAGCAGUUGGUCCUCUCCUGCUUGUCCCUGGUUUUCCUGGCAUCUCCUCUCCUGGCCAUAUGGGAACUGGAGAAAGAUGUUUAUGUUGUAGAAUUGGACUGGUAUCCUGAUGCCCCUGGAGAAACAGUGGUCCUCACCUGCGAUACCCCUGAAGAAGAUGGCAUCACAUGGAGCUCGGACCAGAGCAGUGAUGUCUUAGGCUCCGGCAAAAACUUGACCAUCCAAGUCAAAGAGUUUGGAAAUGCUGGCCAGUAUACCUGUCACAAGGGAGGCGAGGUUCUCCGCCAUUCUCUCCUUCUGCUUCACAAAAGCGAAGAUGGAAUUUGGUCCACUGAUAUUUUAAAAGAUCAGAAAGAGCCCAAAAAUAAGACCUUUCUAAAAUGUGAAGCAAAGAAUUAUUCUGGACAUUUCACCUGCUGGUGGCUGACAGCGAUCAGUACUGAUCUGAAAUUCAGUGUGAAAAGCAGCAGGGGUUCCUCUGACCCCCGAGGAGUGACCUGUGGAGCGGCAACACUCUCGGCAGAGAAGGUCAGAGUGGACCACAGGGAGUAUAGGAAGUACACGGUGGAGUGCCAGGAGGGCAGUGCCUGCCCAGCUGCCGAGGAGAGGCUGCCCAUCGAAGUCGUGGUGGAUGCUGUUCACAAGCUCAAGUAUGAAAACUAUACCAGCAGCUUCUUCAUCAGGGACAUCAUCAAACCAGAUCCACCCAAGAACCUGCAGGUGAAGCCAUUAAAGAAUUCCCGACAGGUGGAGGUCAGCUGGGAGUACCCUGACACCUGGAGCACCCCACAUUCCUACUUCUCCCUGACAUUUUCUCUUCAGGUUCAGGGCAAGAACAAGAGAGAAAAGAAAGAUAGACCCUUCGUAGACAAAACCUCAGCUCACAUCACAUGCCACAAGGAUGCCGUGAUCCGAGUGCAAGCCCGAGACCGCUACUAUAACUCACCCUGGAGCGAAUGGGCAUCUGUGUCCUGCAGUUAGAUUCUGCUCCCAGGAUGAAAACUUGGAGGAAAAAAGGAAGACAUGCAAAAUUUCUUAAAGACACAAUGCAACAGACCC